CCCCCAUGGCGCAAGCAUUGGGGGCUAUCGAAUUCAGGCGCAUCUAUCUCCCGACGUAGCAAAUCUCAGUCAUCCUGCUAGAGCAAAACCUGUCAAGAUAAGCCAGCUCACCUCUCUUUAUGAGUUUCUUCCAGCCCAAACACUUCCUCCGCACACUGAACAGCUUCGCGAAAGCACAAUCCGCGACCUCUAUCCUCACUCGAGCUACGACACGAAAUAUGGCUACUGCUAUGGGAAAACGCCUUGAAGGCAAGACAAUUGUUAUCACGGGAGCUUCUUCUGGCAUUGGGAAAGCCACCGCGCAAGAGUUCGCUCGCACGUCGCCGAAGAACCUCAAGAUCGUCCUUACAGCUCGCCGAGUCGAUGCACUGAAGCAAUUGGCAGCGGAUAUCAACAAGGAAGUAGGAGAUGGCGUAAAAGUGCUGCCCGUCCAACUAGACGUCAGCAAGCCAGAGGAAGUGAAGCAAUUCAUCCCAAACCUGCCACAAGAAUUCCAGGACAUUGAUGUCCUGGUCAACAACGCUGGACUCGUGAAGGGCGUGGACAAAGCAGGCGAGAUCAAGGACGAGGACAUUACUGUGCAAUUUGCGACAAACGUGACAGGUCUGAUCAACAUGACGCAAGAAGUCCUCAAGGUCAUGAAGAAGAAGGGAGAGUCCGGAGCAGGAGAUAUCAUCAAUAUUGGAUCGAUCGCUGGUCGUGAACCAUACCCCGGAGGAAGCAUUUACUGCGCUACGAAAGCUGCUGUGCGAUCCUUCACAGAUGCUAUGCGGAAAGAGUUGAUCGCGACGAGGAUAAGGGUUAUCGAGAUCGAUCCUGGUCAGGUGGAGACGGAGUUCUCGGUCGUGCGAUUCUAUGGUGAUAAGGAGAAGGCCGAUGCUGUAUACAAGGGUGUCACGCCUUUGACACCAGAUGAUAUUGCUGAGACGAUUGUGUUCUCCGCUGGGAGACCUGAGAAUGUGGUCAUCGCUGACCUGCUCGUGUUCCCUAACCACCAGGCGGCUGCUACAGUCAUGCACAGGCGAUCGUAGACGUUCUGUUUCUGACAUGUGUUUAUAGGCUGGUGCAGGUAUACUGCACAGGAAACCAUCUUCAAAGAUUUAGAAGUGUAUAUACCUCUUUCAACCUGGAGCACUUCUCCUGA